GAUGACUUGUCCCAGAGGCAGGAUGUAUAUAAUGUGAAGAGAGUAGGACCAAGAACUGACCCCUGAGGAACUCCACAAGUGACCGUAUGAGUCUUUGAUUUGGCUUCUCCGAUGGCAACAUAUUCAGUUCUGUCAGAAUGGUAGGACCGGAACCAGUCAAGGACAGUAUCAUGACGUCCAAUAGUUUGUGAGAGACGGUUGAGGAGGAUGUUGUGGUCAGUAGUGUCAAAUGCUGAGGACAGGUCAAGAAGGAUUAAAAGAGACAGUGAGCCUGCAUCUGCUGCCAUCAACAGGUUGUUGGUGGCCCAGAUUAAAGCUGUUUGGUGGAGUGUGAAGAGCGAAAACCAGACUGAAACUUCUCAACAGCUCAUUUGAUUUGAGGUGAUUAUUUAACUGUCCUGUCUUAUGUUCCUCAAUGAUUAUCAACAAUAACUUGUUUUAAAAAUGAGGGGGAUAUGAAAAAAAUGUGGUGUUUGAACAUUUUGUGUGACAAGUGUAACUUAUUUUAAUCUCAGUGCUGGAACUACUUUCCCAAAUGAAUAAAAAGGGCAAACGGGCCUAAACAGUCCAAGAAGGACCACAGGGUUAACUGAAUGAAUCGUGAAAUGUUGCAGAGAAAGAGCACACAGCCGUCAUGCUCUACAGCAGUGAUUACCUAAAUUGUUGCGGUCUGUUUCCCACAACAUCCCAGCUUUGUGUGAGAUGGGUUGAAGCUAUGCAAACACCUGAGGGGGCAGCAAAGGGCCAACGCCCCCACUCCUCCCCGCCUCCCGACGCCCCUGCAGGAUAUUUGCUCCUCGGCUCGUUUGCAGCCAAAGUUUCCUGUUUUUCGGAGCCGCUCAGAAGUGCAGACUCAUCAGAAUGUGAGGACGGUGACUCCGGGGCUUCAGCUUCGUCAUUCCGGACCAAUCCGCUCUCCUGAUGWGCCUCGUGUACCUUUAAAAGGUUGAGCUCGUGUCUGUGGCUUCCCCUCGGCUCUGUGUGUUUCUUCCAGCAGUGACAUGGCAGAGCAGCUGCGUGUGCUCUUGGCUGCAUCCUCCUCCUCCUCCUAAAAGCCCAAUGGAGUGUCUGUACGGAGCCGGAGCCGCUCCGGGUAGGAUGACGGUGCCCGUGUGGAUCGUCCUGAUGUCGGUGUCAGGAGGACUGAGGGCGGAGGACGGCAGAGGAGGAGGAAUGGAGGAACUUAUCACGGAGAAGGAGGCAGAGGAAAGUCACCGACAGGACAGCGUCAACCUGCUGACAUUCAUCCUGCUGCUGACUCUGACCAUCCUCACCAUAUGGCUCUUCAAACACAGGCGGGUCCGGUUCCUUCACGAGACCGGGCUGGCAAUGAUCUACGGUCUAUUGGUGGGUGUGAUUCUGCGUUAUGGCAUUCCUGCCACCAGCUACCACAACAAGACCCCCCUGAGCUGCUCCCUGAAGGAGGGGCCCUCCAGCACCCUGCUGCUUAACGUCAGCGGCAAGUUCUUUGAGUACACCCUGAAAGGAGAGAUCAACUCCRGGGAGAUCCACAAUGUGGAGCAGAAUGAUAUGCUGCGCAAGGUGACCUUUGACCCUGAGGUUUUCUUCAACAUAUUACUCCCUCCCAUCAUUUUUCAUGCUGGCUACAGUUUAAAGAAGAGACACUUCUUUAGGAACUUGGGCUCUAUAAUAACCUAUGCCUUUCUUGGCACGGCCAUCUCCUGCUUUGUUAUUGGGAAUCUGAUGUACGGUGUGGUGAAGCUGAUGCAGGUGGUGGGACAGCUGACUGACAGGUUUUACUACACAGACUGCCUUUUCUUUGGUGCCAUCAUCUCAGCCACAGACCCAGUGACUGUGUUGGCCAUCUUCAACGAUCUCCAUGCUGACGGGGAUCUCUACGCUCUGCUGUUUGGAGAGAGUGUCAUGAAUGACGCGGUGGCCAUCGUGCUUUCAUCGUCCAUUGUGGCCUACCAGCCCACCGGUGGAAACACACACACAUUUGACGCCUCUGCCUUUUUCAAGUCGGUGGGUGUGUUUCUGGGCAUCUUCAGCGGCUCCUUCCUGAUGGGGGCAGCUACAGGAGUCGUCACGGCUCUCGUCACAAAGUUCACCAAGCUGCACUGCUUCCCUCUGCUGGAGACGGCGCUCUUCUUCCUCAUGUCGUGGAGCACCUUCCUUCUUGCUGAGGCCUGCAGCUUCACAGGCGUCGUGGCGGUGCUGUUCUGUGGCAUCACACAGGCUCACUACACCUACAACAACCUGUCUGCGGAGUCCACGAAGCGCACCAAGCAGCUCUUUGAGGUUCUCCACUUCCUGGCUGAGAACUUCAUUUUCUCCUACAUGGGCCUGGCUCUGUUCACCUUCCAGAAUCACGUGUUCAGUCCCAUCUUUAUCUUUGGAGCCUUUGUGGCCAUAUUCAUAGCGAGAGCUCUGAACAUCUACCCGCUCUCCUUUCUUCUCAACCUUGGUCGAAGAGACAAGAUCCGAGGAAACAUCCAGCACAUGAUGAUGUUUGCAGGGCUGCGAGGAGCGAUGGCGUUCGCUUUAGCGAUCCGGGACACCGCCACCUACGCCCGCCAGAUGAUGUUCACCACCACGCUCCUCAUUGUCUUCUUCACUGUCUGGGUCUUUGGCGGUGGAACCACACCCAUGCUGUCCUGGCUGCACAUCAGAUUUGGCARCGUCAAACGACGUCGUGAAGAGCAGCGUCAGCGUGGAAAGUGGAUGUAUUUCAGGGUCGGCGUGGAUUCGGAUCAAGACCUGCAGAUGUCUGAAGACCGCUUCCAGGUCUUGCAGGGGGAUGGUGCCCAGGCUGAGGGACAGAGUAAAACCAAACAGGAGAGUGCGUGGCUCUUCAGGCGGUGGUACACCUUUGACCACAACUACCUGAAGCCCAUUCUGACCCACAGCGGCCCACCUCUCACCUCCACGCUGCCUGCUUACUGUGGGCCUCUGGCCAGCUGUCURACCAGUCCUCAGGUGUACGAAAACCACGAGCAGCUCGGGGACCCCGACUCUGACCUGAUCCACAACGACGCCGACCUGACCUUCAUGUUCGGCGACGCAGCCAUCACGGCCAACGGGGCGGAUGGCKCCGGGGGCCCGGGCUGGAGCGCCAACGGGAAACGGAGCGGCAGUGCGUCGGAGGAGGCGCUGGAGCGUGAGCUGGACUCCCGGGAGCAGGAGCUGCUGAGCCGAGGCACGCGCCUGGUUUUCCCUGUCGAGGACCACAUCUGACAACCCCACCCCCAACCCACCACCACCACCCCUGGUCUUGUCCCCUUUGCCUGAGUCCAUCGCCCUUCCUGACCUUAAACGACCCCCCCACCCGACGAACAAGUGGCUGUUCGUCAGAGAUGAAGCAGAUUGGAGAAAUGAAAGUGGACAGGAAGGAAGGUCUGACAGCGACUCUGUCAGGCAGAGCUCCAGGAGAGUUUGAGUUUAUUCUGAAGAAACACCCGUCUCCACUGGUGACAGGAGAGGAAAAUGUUGACGUGACUGUUUCCACAGCACAAAGGAGAGGACCAAUGCGGGAGUAAAACACCUGUGCAGGAUUUUAUCUGCAUUGGUGGAAAAUACAGCGUCGUCAUAAAGACGUUGUGGUUGAGAUGAAAUGAAACCUCAGUCUCACAUCACGUGACGGGACCAGUUUGUUCGCAGGAAACUGCUUUCUGAUCAGCACUGUCAAAAUGUGGCUUAAAAAAACUUGAUUAAAUGUGCGUCAAUYGUCUGCUAAAA